AGUAUAUAGUUUGUUUUGAUUGUAAAUACACGCACGGAUAGUUUUGCUAAUUCUAGAAGUUAUAACCCUCACCUCCUUAGACGGCACACUGCGCCGAUUCAAGUCCGGCCUUCGCCGGCAUUCUCCUCCUCCUUCCGCCGCUACUCACCGUUGAACUCCGACAUAAUCCAAUACCCCUUUUAUCUCCGCUCAACAUGACAACUUGCAAUGGCAGCUUCUACACUAGCUCUAGCUCUUCCCACACUUCCAUCGACGCCGCCAUUCCCCUCUUCCCGAAAUCCUUAUCUUUAAUUCCCAAACGCAAACCCUUCGCUCCUCAAUUCGGCCCCACACUUCCACUGCUGACGGUAUCUUCUGCACCUUCUCGCCCGAUAUUAGUAAAAGCGGCUGCUAGUAGUGGCAAAAGCAGCAAUCUCGAUACCAAGAAGGAAGUAGAGGUGGCUGAGGAGGAGGAGGAGGAAGUGGAGGAGGAGCUUCCGUGGAUACAGGAGAAGGCUCUGGAUUUGGUCGAGUUCACGGGCUCUGUCACGCAGACGAUUCCAGGGCCGCGCGUCGGGCAGAGCUCGCUCCCAUGGAUUCUGGCCGUCCCGCUGGCUUAUCUCGGCAUCACUUUCGUCGUUGCCGUCGUGAAGACCGUCCGGAAGUUCAAUUCUCCUCGAGAGAAACGUCGCAAAUUGGUCAACAAAAAUGCUAUGCUAUGCAUAUCUCUAGAUGAGCUGUUUGAGAAAGGAAUGAGUGAAGUAAACCAGUCAGCUUUGAAGGAACUGAUGCAAAAGACAGGUUUUGACAUGAAAGAGAUUUUGCGUAAAUACAUCCGUUAUGUGUUGAAUGAGAAGCCAUUUAAUCCAGAUCUUAUAGCGAAUCUGAUCCACCUCAGGAAAGAAACGCAGUUGGAGGAUUCUGAAGUGGCUGGCAUUCUAAACGAGAUUUCAGGAAGGAUUGUAAACGAUAAAGGUCCAGUAGUCAUGGAUAUAUCCGGAUAUUCUGAAAAAGGAUUCAAAAGAAAACUUGCAGUGCAAGCUCUGUUUGGAAAGAUCUAUUAUCUGGCUGAGCUUCCCGAGUUCUGUUCCAGAGAUAGUUCCUUAAACGUGAAAACAGCAUUUGGUGUCACAGAUGAGGAUGCUGAGAAGCUUAGGCUGCACACCGUCUCAGAAUUUGGGGAUUUGGGAUCACUCGAGAAGAUGGUCGGUGAAUCUGAAGAGGAGGAAUCAAGUGAUGAUUCAGCCAAGGCAUCUUGAUUCUGCAUCUGUUGCACCAUUUUUGCUAUAGGCAGAAGUUAGCCAAGAUGAUAAGAGAAUUACUAUAUCACAACUUCUUUCAGUACAAUUUUCCUACAUUUUUGUUCUUUCAAAAUUUCGGCUGACUGUUACAGUGAGCUUUCUUUGGAUGCAAUGUCAUUGUAAUUUAUAUUUUACAUGCUUCAACCAUAAAAUAGGAGAUGAUAAUAUUCGUGUUAGUUUUGGAGGUUCAUUAUUACGAUCAAUAAUCAGUAUACAUGUAUAUUAAUAUUUGUAUUGGGUAA